AUGUCUACGGACGUAUAUGAAGGCUUUAAUUUGUAUACAUUAGCUGAGAAAUUCUAUCUCGAACCUCGAGAUCGUGAUGGGAACCUAUUAUCACAGCAGUACCUCGAAAUAGAUCGUCAUUCGAAUCAAAUACGUGUAUCAAAUGCUUCAGUAAAUCGGAUACCAUUAGCUGAUGCUGAUAUUCAAUAUGUCCAUGGUUUACUGGGCAUAAUUCCCAUUGUUUCAGGGAUGGCAUUAAUAGUCAUAAGAAAGUCUCGUUUGGUUGGAAAAUUGAAUGGCCAUCCUAUCUACACUAUAACCGAGACAGAUAUUAUCCCUUACAAGAAAACUACUCUGCAUUUAACAGAAAAACAGAUAUGGUAUAAUAGACAUUUCACUGAAAUGUUGCAAACUGUGUUAGCCAUUAGUGGAUUCUAUUUCUCUUAUUCAAUAGACCUCUCACGAUCGCUUCAGUGGCUGAGUGAAAAUGGUACUCCUGCAUUCAAAGAGACUUCCAUGAUUGAACGCGCUGAUGAUCGCUUUGUGUGGAAUACUUAUCUUUUGUCACAGCUCAGGUUGAAAGAAGCUUCAAGAUUUGCACUUCCUGUCAUUCAUGGUUUCUAUGGAGAAGUUCACCACUGCGUGAAUGGACAUCAGUUCAAGUUGUCCUUAAUUUCAAGACGGAGUAAAUACAGGGCUGGAGUGCGUUUUUAUAAGCGCGGCGUGAGUAUCGACGGCCAUCCAGCAAAUUUUGUGGAAACAGAACAAAUUGUGGAGACUGUUUCUAUUAGAGGGCGAAGAUUAACUUCAUUUCUGCAGAUGCGUGGAUCGAUUCCUCUUCUGUGGUCUCAGCGUCCGAAUUUGAAGUGGCAGCCUAUGCCAACUGUGAAAGCUAGCGAUGAUCAAUUAUCUGCGUACGUCAGACAUUUUGAAAAUCAACGCAAAACUUACGGCGGUUAUCACGUUAUCGUCAACCUCAUUAAUCAGACUGGACGAGAAAAGAAAAUUGGCAGCGAGCUUGAAAGAAUCGUCCAGCAAGCUAAUUUAAACUAUGUCAGGUACAACCCUUUCGAUUUCCAUAAAGAAUGCCAUGCAAUGCAGUGGCAUAGAAUCUCCUUACUUAAAGACCAACUAAGGCAGGAAAUUACUCAGUUCGGGUUUUUUGCUGCUUCUGAUGUAUUGGCAGAGUCAGACCUAACUCAGCGAUCUCAGACAGGUUUCUUCAGAACAAACUGCAUGGAUUGUUUAGAUCGUACGAAUGUGGUCCAAGCAAUGAUUGCUCGGGAAUCCUUGACCGACCAGCUGUACUUCCUUGGGAUAUUGGUUGGUGGUCAAAGAGUGGAGACGUGCCCAGAUCUUGAAGCGUCAUUUAAGCAUUUAUGGGCUGACAACGGAGAUGAAUGUAGCCGGCAGUACGCAGGGACAGGAGCUCUGAAGGCAGAUUUCACCCGGCUAGGGAAGAGAACUUACACAGGUGUCAUAAAUGAUGGCAUCAAUGCAAUAACUCGGUAUAUCCGCAAUAACUUUGCUGAUGGGUACAGGCAGGACGCUAUGGAUGUCUUUCUGGGCAACUACAUUGUUGAUGUUCACAAUCUACCAUCCAGCUUAGAAGCAACAUUGAUAUCACUUGAUCAAAACGGAAUCGCUCUUUUAGCAGCGUGUUUUGCAAUGGCCAUGACGAUAUUGUGCAUAUUAGUCGCAGAAAACAUAUCAGCCACACUUUUCUGGCUUGCCGUCUUUCUGGUGUGUAUGAUGUUCAUAUUCCUGAACGGCGAGGAUUUCGUGAAUGCACCCAAGUUAAAACGAGAUUGA